UAGCUAAAAGGUUUGUUUCUUAGUGAAUCCAACUUUCAAAUAAAAGAUUUUAUCUGUUUCAAAGGGAAGUUAGCCCUUACUUUAACAGAGAAAUCAAGCCUGUUUGCUUGAAGGUGAAGUCGCAACUGCUUAAGGUCUCUGUUUUAUCAGUUUCAAUAUUGUAGACCAUCACUAAGGGAUGGUGGAAAGACCAUUCAAGUGUGAAGGCUCUGAGAUCAAGCUAUCUGGUCAGCUUUUUGCUGAUUUACCAAAUAUUGAUCAUUGUUCUCUUUAGACUUCUUAAUAUUCCGAUGAGGAAAUAAAUGUCUGUAUAGGAGGAUCAGGUCCAGUUACCAGUGCAACAUGGUUCAUAUUGAUGAUCAUGUCACAGGAUAUUGUUAGAUGUUUGCACCUGCAUUUUGAUGUGGGAUGUAAACCUGUGGACCGAAUGGACAUAAUGGGUGGUUCUACAUCUGCAAGUCCAUGUUCAUCAUACCAACCAAGUCCAUGCGCAUCAUAUAAUCCAAGCCCAGCAUCAUCUUCCUUUCCGAGCCCUGUUUCAUCCCAUUACACAGCAAAUGCAAAUGGCAGUGCCGAUGCCAAUUCCCUUAUCCCAUGGCUUAAAAAUCUCUCAUCGGGAUCAUCAUCAGCCUCAUCCAAAUUCCCCCACCAUCUCUUUGUCCAUGGGGGUUCCAUAAGUGCUCCAGUCACCCCUCCACUUAGCUCCCCAACUUGCAGGACUCCACGAACAAAAGGUGACUGGGAUGACCCAGUGGCUGGUGCUAACUGGGCAGGACAGCACUAUUCUUUGCUUCCCUCGUCUACUCCCCCAAGCCCUGGUCGUCAGGUUCUGCCUGAUUCAGGAUGGUUUGCUGGACUUGAGAUUCCCCAGAGUGGGCCAUCAUCUCCCACAUUUAGCCUUGUUUCAAGAAAUCCAUUUGGCUUGAAGGAGGCUUUUUCUGCUGGAGGGUCUCGGAUGUGGACUCCAGGGCAAAGUGGAACGUGCUCUCCGGCAGUCGCUGCAGGUGUUGAUCACACUGCUGAUGUUCCCAUGUCAGAUGGGAUUGCAGCUGAGUUUGCCUUUGGCAGUAGUGCAACAGGGUUGGUAAAACCAUGGGAAGGUGAGACAAUUGAGGAAUGUGUAUCUGAUGAUCUUGAACUCACACUCGGGAACCCUAGGACCAGAUAGAGAGGGGUUUGAAAGAAUGAAUUGAGAGAGAAUUGUUCAUGGUGCCUCUUGAUUCAGGUUAUUUCUUCUCUUCAUGCGAAAUUCAACUUCAUGUCCUUGAAUGUUUCGUGGGCAAGGCAUGUCAGUUAGAAGUACAGUGAGUAGGAGCAGCUGUUUUUUUUUUUUUAUUAUUAUUUUUUCUACUUUUUUUUCAACAAAAGAGAACUAAAAAUUCAAUUAUAAAUAGUUCAUGGUGGUGCUUUGCCCCUUGAGUUCAAUUCAUUAUUCCAUUUUGUUUCACAUUUGUCAUUUGUUUUUCUCCAAAGAGAAGUUUAUUUUGGAAGGAUUUGAUAUACUGUUUUGGUUGUGGCUUGUGAUUUUAAGGGUUUUUGGAAAUGAGUACUGAUCACGUUGGCACAAUUUUAUGUUAUGCAUAUGGAGUAAGGUGUUUUUUCUUUUUUUUCCCCAUUUGUUUGGCUGCACUACUAUCAACUCAUGUUAUGAAGUUGAGAAGCAGAGAACAAAACAGUUUCGACAUAAUUACGGCAUCAGAAUUGUUGAACUUUCAUUAACCAUCAAAACAAGUUUCUUACAAGUUACGCCUAUAACUCUGCCAGCUGCUGGAACGAGAGAAAAGGAAUCGAAAGUCAUCUAAGAGAAAUCAAGGACGCAAAUAUGGUCCAUCAUUGUAGAACAAAAGAUUUUGGCCACCAAUAAGAAGUGAGUUGAUUUGGCUCUGUCAUAGGAUUUGGAUGGUAGUUGCUGUUGUUAAUUUCGGAAUGAGAAGCGAUGCUAAUAUAAAAUGAAGAGAUUUCGUUGGGAAUUCUAUCAUUUGCACUUGUACAACAAAAGAUAAACAAUUAAUCUGAUUAUUGUUUUGGAGA